AUGAGUCGCCCAAAGAAAUAUCGAACGAAGAAGGAACUCAAGCAGGCCAAUAGGGAUAAGAAUAGGAGGUACUACGAAAGAAACAAGGUGGAAAUCAACAAACGCCGGCGUGACAAGAGAUCUGGCAAGGCAAAUAGAGGAGCAGCCAGAGGAAAGGAAACCGUGCCCAAAGACCGAGAAUCGGUAGAGACCAAUACAUGCCAAAGGGAUGUUGAUGCUCAAGACCUCGAGAGGACGGUCGUUAUGGCUAAGGAAGUGUAUCAGGGAUACCUGCGAAUGAUUGGCAGGGAUGGAGUCAAGUUUAUGCAGUCUCUGUGUCGCCAGGUUCUCGCCCUCUUCAAUAAUGGGGAAGGUGCCCGACAUGUGCGAGACUAUGUAUCCCGACAAUCGUCCAAAUUCGACCCCUGGAGAAGAAAAAUUGUCGAGUUACAUGGAGAGGUUCUGCAAUUCCGAGGAGUUAAGGAUGUCAUUGCACAGCUCGAUCGGUUUCUGCAGGACAUAGACCGUGUUCAAGGGUGGGUCGACGACCUGGAGACCUACCUUUUCACGGGUGCCGAUGAGUUCACCCAGGCUUAUGCUAACAACGAGUUGCUCUUUCAACGAACCUAG